UCUUUCUCCUUUUCUUUACUAAGUUUUCUCCUCUCUUUUACUUUUACCAUGAAGGUUCCUGUCAGUCUUUUGCGUGCCUCCGGGCUUUUCUACGUUGUACUUAUUUUUAUGACGCUCAGUGCGCGUCUGGUCGAGGCGGCGCGUGGCCCGGUUGUCACAGAUAAGGUGUACUUUGACAUCAAGCAGGGCGACGAGAGCCUGGGCCGCGUUGUCAUUGGUCUGUUCGGUAAGACCGUGCCCAAGACAGCCGAGAACUUCCGUGCUCUGGCAACCGGUGAGAAGGGCUUUGGCUACAAGGGCAGCAAGUUCCACCGCGUCAUCAAGGACUUUAUGAUCCAGGGCGGCGAUUUCACACGCGGCGACGGCACCGGCGGCAAGUCGAUCUACGGCGCCAAGUUCAAGGACGAGAACUUCAAGCUGCGCCAUACCGGCCCCGGUAUUCUGUCGAUGGCUAAUGCUGGACCGGACACCAACGGCUCGCAGUUCUUUAUCACCACCGUGACCACGAGCUGGCUGGACGGGCGCCACGUCGUGUUCGGCAAGGUGCUUGAGGGCCUGGAGGUUGUGCGCAAGAUCGAAGGCACUGCCACUGGGCCGAGCGACAAGCCCAAGGAGGACAUCGUUAUCGCCGAGUCGGGUGUGCUGGAUAUGGAUGGGGAGACCGAGACCCCUCUGCGCGUCGAGCUCUAGUAGCUAAAUUCUCUUUCAUCAAUGCGAUUUUAUCCCCUUUCCACAGGCAGCGCUUGUGGUGUUUGCUCAAGGCUGGCAGUUAAAUUGGAUGGCGGUGAAUUGGGCUUUGCGCACGCACGUUGUUAUUACGGCCCCCGCAGACCGGGCGGUUGGAAUUCUCUGCAUGCGUGUGACUACGGCUGGAGGGGCAAUUAUUACUGGCAAGCCGUUACGACUGACGCAUCGUUACAUUGAGAGCUAUCUCGGCUUACUGCUGGCGUCGGACCAUAUCGUUGUUCGUUUCUGAGUAUGGAAUGAUAUUUUU